UACAUUAGGCCUACAUGUAAAUGGGUCUGAUAGUACUGUAUUAUUUAUGGAUUUAUCGACACUUUCCACGGGAAAUCCCGGCCCCGAAAGUAAUACGAUGGAGAGGCUUAUGAUCACUGUUGAUAUCAACUCAAAAGUAGCUCUUGCCAUCAAGAUGGUACUUUCUGGUAUAGGACCACCAACCCAUAGCAGACCAGGGGAUCUUGAUAUAGAUUCAUCAGUACAGAGUACAAGGUAUAUGAAUAUGAAGUUUAGACCAUUCAUGCUGAUGAUGAUUCAACUACUGCAGCUCGACGGAAGAAUGAUUUUCCACCCCUUCCAACAAAGAGCAGGACAAGAAUCGCUUGUUGAAAAUAAACUAACAUAGUCAAUAGACUACUUUUCUUUGUCAGCUUUAUAUUACCGGGUACAUGUAUCUCUUGAUUGAGUGUUACGUUUAAAGUGGAAACUAAUCACUCCACAUAUAGAUUUUUUUCCAUUUUUCAUAUUUUAUCUACCCUGUUUUAUGUCUGGUGUGGUAAUAGAUCACUCCACAUGCAGCCUUUCAUGUUUAAUGUACUAUGUUAUGUUUUGUAUAUGUCAGUUGCAGUAUUACACUGCUGU